CCAGCUAUGACUAGUCCAGCAGCAGCAGGCGGCUUAGCAGGUGCUCCGUAUCGCGGUGCCAGUUGGACUCCACAAGGUUACGCUCCAGCUGCCGCUGCAGCGGCUGCUGCUGUCGCCCAACAAGCCUACAGAUAUACAGCUCCAUUGCCGCAACCGGCAUACGCAGCCUAUACACCACAUACAGCUACAACACCAGCAACAACUACGUACGGUCAGCGUGUACCAACUGCAGCAUCGCCAAGUAAUACAAAUUCAAGCAGCUCAUCCAAUACCGGCUCACAGAGCGGAACUUUAAGUACUAGUCUGAGUAAUACCAAUACAAAUACAACAAUGGGUCCUAGUAACGGUACACAGCAACAAGGGGAACAAUUGUCGAAAACAAAUUUGUAUAUUAGAGGAUUGCAACAAGGCACAACCGAUAAGGAUUUAGUAACUAUGUGUGCACAAUAUGGAACAAUUAUAUCCACCAAGGCUAUUUUAGAUAAAACAACAAACAAAUGUAAAGGCUACGGCUUUGUCGAUUUCGAGUUGCCAGCAUACGCCGAGGGCGCCGUCAAGGGACUACAAGCAAAGGGCGUUCAAGCUCAGAUGGCCAAAGUGGGUAUCUGGGUGCUUCAUAGGCCGGCCAUUCAACAAGAACAGGAUCCCACAAAUUUGUACAUCGCAAAUUUGCCACCACAUUUCAAGGAGACGGACUUGGAGAAUAUGCUCUCGAAAUAUGGUCAAGUUGUGUCUACUCGCAUAUUACGCGAUCAGCAAAUGAAUUCAAAAGGCGUUGGCUUCGCACGCAUGGAGAGUCGCGAGAAAUGCGAACAAAUUAUACAAAUAUUCAAUGGUAAUACAAUACAGGGUGCCAAAGAUCCACUUUUGGUUAAAUUUGCCGAUGGUGGUCCAAAAAAGAAGAAUCUCUACAAGAAUCCCGAUCCGAAUGCGCGAACGUGGCGUGAUCCCGCCGAAGGCAUACCGGUCACCUACGAUCCGACAAUGCAACAAAAUGGUGUUAGUGUUAAUGUUGGUACACCAAUCGGUGUGCCGUAUUCACGUUUUGGUGCACCGCCAGUUAGUAGUUACCCAAUGACAGCUGGCUCACAAUGGAUACCAGGCUAUAUGAUGACGCAACCAAUACCUCAAGUUGAGGAUCAGUAUAUGCAAAUGGCUGCUGCCCCACAAUUGGGAGUCGCAUCCUACAAACCAGACGCAGUCAAUCAGGUGCAACCACGUGGUAUCUCGAUGAUGGUCAGUGGUGAUCCGUCUGUGCCAUAUGGACCAAUGGUGCCACAACUAGCCACAUUGCAAAUUGGCAAUUCCAAUUUCUCUCCAUCAUUACAGUAUAUUAGUCCAACUUAUCCAUAUUAUGCACAACCAACAAUUAUUCCAACAAUGCCAAUGACAGAUUCCGAACAGGCUAGCACAGCUGCAUCACCCGAUGAGGCAUAUACACAGUAUCCACAUCCAGCCGCUCCCAAAUAGGUCAUCGCGAGAUGUAAUAUUAUGAUGCCGCGAUUGACUCUCUAAUGGGAGCUGGAAAUGGAAUCGGAUAAACGCGAAUAACAAAAAAAAAACCAAACAAACAUAUGCAACAGCAGCAGAAGAUACUAUAGUAAUAAACAACAGCAACAAAAACAACAAAAAUUAAAACGACAAGGAGGGACAAAGCGAUUCAGAACACAACAACAAUACAAUAUUACAACAACCUUUGAACAAAUGAAACAAAAACAACAGUAACAGCAACAGCAACAGCAACAAGGAAAUCGGUGACAACCGGCAGCAAUAAACAUAAAACAAACUUAGAAAAUAAAACAAAAACAAAAUGAAAACAGUUGCCCUACGAAAAUAGUAAAAGUGACUACAGAUUCCAAUAUUUAUUGCAGUUUACUGCAACAAUGCUAAUAAAAGAAAGAAAUGGCAACCAAAACUAGGAGAGCAUAUGAAGAAAAUUAAAAGAACAUAAAGUAUAUAUUUUAUAUUUGUAUGCGAAUAUGAUGAUACUGUGCUAGUGAAUGAGCAGUAACGAAACAUUUUAAGGAUAUAAAACUAAAAUGAAGAGAAAUGUAAAGACUAAGUUAAACAUACACAUACAUACAUACUUACUAAUAAAAAUAAAGAGAACAAGAGAAGCAAUGCGCAAGAAGAGAAGAGAAGAAGAAAAAGCAAAAGCAAAAUCACAUGAAAAGUUGAAUGCAAAAGAAGAAGAAAUGCUUAAUAGGAAGAAAGCGCUAACUAAUUAAAGGAUGAAAUUGCAUGGAAUACAGUUCGAAAAAGUGUGAAAAAUUAGUAAGCGGGUGAAAAGAAUUUUUGAAGAGUAUUAAACCUUAAGAAAAUGGCUGCCCAGCAAGGGCUGGCAAGCAAGUCGAGGGCGCGCGAGAAAAUUAAAUGAAGGGGAAAAUGCCGUUAAGGUCACUUGUAACAGCCGGUGGUCUAUGUAUGUGUGUAUUUUUGCAUAUUAAAAACAAAAAAAACAAAAGAUAAAGCUCGUCAGCCAAUAGCAAGUUAGACGAUUAGAAGCGCCAAAAGAUAAAAAAAGAUUUAAAAUUAAAAAUCAAUCACUAAAUACCCGCAAAAGAUGCAAGGAAUUUUGAAUGUCUUUAAUAGAGUACAUUAAAGUAUUUACAUUUUGAAUGAAAUCGUGAGAGGCGAACAGUAGUGAAGGAGUAGAAUGGGUGAAACCAAUUUAUUUAUUUAAUACUAAAAGUAGGAAGCAGUAAUAAGAAGUAACAGACGAUAAAUGGAAUGAAAGAUGCAAUGAUGUUGAAGGUAAUAGCGAAGGAAACG